GUAACGAGGUCCGCCAAACUGAUUGGCUCUCGGGUCAAGGAAACGGGAAGCACGCAGGUUGUGUGUGAGUGAUUGAGUAAUUUAUGGGGAGGGUUUGAGAGAUCUGCUGCUGUUGCGGACCGAGACUAUUUCAGAAACGCGUGGCAUUUACGACAGGAGGGGCGCGCUGACAAAUCGCUCAGUAUACGAACAGAUUUUUAAAGACCAGCCCGUUUGUCUUCAUAAAUGGGGUGCUUCUUUUCCAAAAAAUCGAGGAGAAAAUCUCCUAAAAAAAAGGACGCCGCUGGGGACGAGAGCGCUGCGGGUAGUGACCUCCCCGAAACUAACAACGGCAGCAACAGCAACAACCAGGAGGCUCCGAAGCAAUACAGUUGGGACAAACGAGAGAAGGUUGAUCCCAAAGACUUCAUGCUGACAGGCCUCAAGAAUGAAACCGUUGGCCGGUUGCCAGGCACACUCAAUGGCCAGCAGUUUGUCAUUCAGGAGUGUGAGAACUGCAACAUCUACGUAUUGGACCAUUCAGCGACUAUAACCAUCGACGACUGUGUGAACUGCCGCAUAGUGUUGGGUCCAAUCAAAGGCAGUGUAUUCUUCAGAGACUGUAAAGAUAUCAAAUGCGUAGUGGCCUGCCAACAGUUCCGCACCAGAGACUGCAAGAAAAUGGACGUCUUUUUGUCCUGCGCCACCCAGCCAAUUAUCGAGUCUUCUACGGGCAUGAAGUUUGGCUGUUUUCAGUACUACUACCCUGAUUUGGCUUUCCACUUUAAAGAUGCAGGCCUUAGCAUUUUCAAUAACAACUGGAGCAAUAUUCAUGACUUCACACCUGUGUCUGGAGAGACCAAUUGGAGUCUACUACCCGAAGAGACUGUUGUCCUGGAUCACGUGCCAUUACCGGAUUCUGAGUCGGAGUUUAAAUCCGUGAGAAUUUCGACCGAGGCAAGCCGGAGCAUAGUUCCCCUGACCAAAGGAGGGCGGCGCAAGGAGAGUGAAGAGUCCUGUCUGUUUGUUUUCUUCGCUGGAGACUACACCACUGCUAAUGCCCGCAAGCUUAUUGAUGAGGCAUCUUCCAAAGGCUUUGUCCUCAUCCAGACCAAAGAGGUUUCCAUGCGUCCUGAAGAUGUGAACAGAGUGUUCCAGGAUAACGCCGAAAGCCUCACCGAGUGUAUCACCAAAGGUCCAGUGAUAGCCCUUGAACUGAAUGGAGACGGUGUAGUGGAGGCAUGCCGAGCCAUUGCUGACGAAUUGUUCAAUGGGACAAAGGUGUUUGUUUCUGAGAGCAAAAACACGUCCUCGCGAGACGUUGACAACUUUUUCAACUUUGCUGACAUGCAGAUGGGACUAUGAAACUGAUGCAGAGAGUCAUCCCACCAUGAUGUGGGUUUAUAUUUGUGUAUAUUUUGUAAUUUUACUGUUGUGACUGUUGAUAACUUUGGGUGAUGGCAUAACAUUGAUGCCAAGCCAUAGGUCUUAAUGGGUAUUUUAUGUAUUUUUAUGUAUGACCUGGCAAUUUUUUUUUUUUUUUUGAUGUCACAAUGGUAUAAUGGCAUGUAGUCAAUAAGGUCAUCUGAAUCAAUCCAAGAAGGCAAAUGCCUUUAGAUAUAAAAUAAACACAGAAAGAACUGGAAUGUUAGACUCUAAUCAAACAUUGGCUGGACAUUUUUUUUCCAUCUAUGCUGAAAAUCGUACAUUUGAUUAUAUAGAUAUUUAUUUAAUUGUUUUUAAUGAAUGUAUAGAAAAUGGUGUUUUAUGCAGAUUUGUCUGUAUUCGUGUAUCUAUGGCAUAUUUGUAUAUAAGAUAGUGUAUGCUGGAUAGCUGUAAAAAUGUGUACUUGUUAAAAUAUGUGUCAAGUAUAUGUCAGAAAACAAUAAUUGUGCUGAAUCAUUUCUAAUUGAUGUGCUAGGUCACACAUAGUCAUGUCUUCAAUUUUUUGUUAUAUCAGCAUGACUUUUGACCAAUCUUUUAUGUUGAAAAUAUAUUGUAUAUGCUUUUCAGUAUUUUUUGUUAUUUUAUAAACAAAUAUUUGUCCUCCAUAUGUGUUUUUAGGUAACACUGUUCUGAAAAGAAUGUAAACAUUUGUAGCCAAUACAUUUAUCAAAUUUAAUUGAAGAUACUACUAAAAGGAGCUUUAGUUUCUCCUUUAAACUUCUCUUUUUGGUGAAAAUGUUUAAGAUCAACACUUUGCUGUGACCAAAAAUAUAUAUUUGUACAUUUGAGAUCAACUUGUACUUUAUAAUUUGUAGACAAUUUUGUAGACUUGAAUACAAGCUGUGAUUUGUCAAUACAUUUUUUGUUGAAAA